GACUAAUUUACCUACACUUCACCGGGAUCACCACUCUAUAUAAUCUGUUCUUCUCGCAGCUCAAAAGCUCAGAAGCUGUAGGGAAGCGCCGUUCUUCUGAACAGACAGGAUACACGCCACGCCAUGGCCAAACCCAGCUCUCUUCUUCAUCUUCUUGCUUCUGUUGUGACGGUCCUUGCCAUCUCUCUCUUGCUUGGCCAUGGUGUUCUCCAUGUUGGGGCCUCUCACAGAGUCUACAGGAAUUUGCGGAAAACUGUCGAGUCCACCUCUGUGAAGCAGCCUUACAGGACUUCUUAUCAUUUCCAACCUCCCAAGAACUGGAUGAAUGAUCCAAAUGGGCCAAUGCUUUACAAGGGCAUAUACCAUCUGUUCUACCAAUACAACCCGAAAGCCGCGGUGUGGGGCAACAUCGUCUGGGCCCAUUCCACAUCGACGGACCUCGUGAACUGGACCCCACACGUCCCCGCCAUCUUCCCUUCUCAGGAGUCCGACAUCAACGGCUGCUGGUCUGGCUCGGCCACCAUCCUCCCGGGGUACAAACCGGCCAUCCUCUACACCGGGAUUAACCCCCAGAACCAGCAGGUCCAAAACUUGGCAGUGCCCAAGAAUUUAUCAGACCCGUAUCUGAUCGAGUGGGUGAAAUCACCCCACAAUCCUCUGAUGGCACCCACAGCCAUGAACCAGAUUGACGCAAGCUCAUUCAGAGACCCCACCACUGCUUGGGUGGGCCCUGAUGGGAGGUGGAGGGUGAUCAUCGGGAACAAACGAGACAGGAGGGGAAUGGCCAUUCUGUACAGAAGCAAGGACUUUGUUCGCUGGACCAAGGCUCAACACCCACUUCACUCUGCUAAGAACACUGGGAUGUGGGAGUGCCCGGAUUUUUUCCCAGUCUCUGCUCAAGUCCCCCUCGGCUUGGACACCUCCAUUAAUGGGCCAAACGUUAAGCAUGUGCUCAAGGUGAGCUUCACCAACCACGAUCACUACACCAUCGGGACUUAUAACUCCACCACGGAUAGGUAUGUUCCCGACAAGGGAUCGGUAGAUAGUGAUUCGGGGUUGAGAUACGAUUACGGCAAGUUUUAUGCUUCCAAGACCUUCUUCGACAGCAAGACCAACCGGCGGAUCUUGUGGGGUUGGAUCGAUGAGUCGUCUAGCAAGGACGACAACAUCAGGAAAGGAUGGUCCGGGAUCCAGGCAAUUCCAAGGACCAUUUGGCUGGACAAAUCUGGAAAACAGUUAGUGCAAUGGCCGAUAUUGGAAAUAGAGAAGCUACGCAACAACCAAGUUGUUUUGCCCAACAAAUUGAUUAAGGGAGGAACACUUCUUGAAGUGUCUGGUUUAACAGCUGCACAGGCAGAUGUGGAGGUCUUAUUUGAAGUAAAAGGGCUCGAGAAGGCAGAAGUGUUCGACCCAACGUGGACCAACCCGCAAAUGCUGUGUAGCCAAAAGGGUGCUUCAGUUAAAGGUAGCCUCGGACCAUUUGGGUUGCUGGUCAUGGCGUCAAAAGGAUUGGAAGAAUACACAGCAGUGUUCUUCAGAAUUUUCAAAGGCCAGAACAAAUAUGUUGUCCUCAUGUGUAGUGACCAGAGCAGAUCUUCCCUUAACAAUAGCAAUGAUAAGACCACUUAUGGAGCAUUCCUGGAUGUGGACCCUCUGCACGAGAAGCUGUCGUUGAGGACCUUGAUAGAUCAUUCUAUAGUGGAGAGUUUUGGUGGUGGAGGGAAGAGUUGCAUCACAGCUAGGGUUUACCCUGUAUUGGCUGUGGAAGAUGGAACCCACCUGCAUGUCUUCAACAACGGGACUCAGAGUGUUGGAGUGCUGACGUUAAGUGCAUGGAGCAUGAAGAAGGCUAAGAUCAAUUGACCCCAUCUGUUGACUUAAAUGAAGGAAAUGACGCAUGAAGGAGAUAUUUUUAUGGUUGAAGGAAGAAGUGAGGGAAAUAAAAUUGUUUGCUUGUUCAGUUAUCAAAUAACAAAUUAGAAACGAUGGUUACUACUGAAACAAGAAUAAUCAGAGAUUUCAAAUGUUCCCUAAACUUAUAGCAGAAGGUUAUCUGCCCUCUUAUUUA